CUGUAGAGCCCUCACCUGUGUAACUGUGAAAACCGUCCGUCUCGUCCUCCUUGGGUGAAGGUUUCAUUGCGGUGACUGUAACGUUGGCUGCUGCAACACUUGCAGGAUGUCUGGCCGUGUUCUUGUCGGGGUCAAGCGUGUGAUUGAUUAUGCAGUUAAGAUCCGAGUGAAGCCCGACAAAAGUGGUGUAGUCACGGAUGGCGUUAAGCAUUCGAUGAACCCCUUUUGUGAGAUCGCUGUGGAGGAGGCGGUCAAACUCAAGGAGAAGAAGCUCAUUAAAGAAGUGGUGGCUGUCAGCUGUGGGCCCCAGCAGGCACAGGAGACCAUCCGUACAGCUCUGGCCAUGGGCGCAGACAGAGGGAUCCAUGUAGAAGUCACUGGAAAAGACUACGAAAACCUCGGACCUCUGCAGGUGUCAAAGAUCUUCGCCGCUCUUGCCAAAAAGGAGGAGGCUCAGCUCGUCAUUCUCGGAAAACAGGCAAUUGACGAUGACUGUAACCAGACAGGUCAGAUGACAGCAGCUCUUUUGGACUGGCCUCAGGGAACAUUUGCAUCAGAGGUGACACUGGAAGGAGACAAAAUGAAGGUGGUGAGAGAAAUUGAUGGUGGCCUGGAAACUAUUAAAAUCAACACACCUGCAGUGGUGACAGCCGAUCUCCGACUCAACACGCCCAGAUACGCAACUCUGCCCAACAUCAUGAAAGCCAAGAAAAAGAAGAUCGCCAAUGUGAAGCCAGCAGACCUCGGGGUGGAUGUGGCCCCACGGUUGGAGGUGCUCAAAGUGGAAGAGCCUCCGCAGAGAGAGGCUGGAGUGAAGGUGGAGACCGUGGAAGACCUGGUGGCCAGACUCAAGGACACAGGGAGGAUAUAGACUGAAGAAACACAGACAGCAGAGCCAUGAAACUCAAGGAGCCUGAUUCCUGAGGUGAUGAAGAGGAGUACUGAGAAACACUGCCCAGCAGCAGAUCCAGACAGUCUCAAGAGGGCCAUCAUGUUGUUGUAGAUUGCAAUUACAUCUGUAGCAUUGAUGUAUGGAUGGCUUAAGUGGAUUCUAACAAUCUAUAGGCAAUAACUCUAACCAGAAAUGUCUUUUACCUGUAUAUCUGUAGUACAUGUAAAGAGGUACUUUGUAUGUGCAUGCCUUUUGUAAAUAUAAACUGGAAUCCAAAAAAAAUUAAAUUAAAUUAAACGGUAGUGUGUCUCAGUACAAAAACAGGAAAGGUUUUACCAUAAGCGCCUCAAAUCUUUGUUGAUUGUACAGUGUAUUACCAUAAUAAAUAAAUACAGUUUUUCAUAUCCA